CGCGGCGCCGCUCCGUUCCCUCCCCUCCCUCCGGCGAGGCCGCUCUGGCCCCUCGUCUCGUUGCUCCGGGCCCGGGAUUCCGCCUCCGCCCUCAGGAGCCGCCGCGAGCGGGCGGCAUGGGGCUGCCCCGGCGCUGAGGCCCGUGCCCCGCCAUGGCGGCCCCCCGGGUGCUGCUGGCGCUGGCCCUGGCGCUGAGCGGGGUGCGCGGGGCCGGCGCCGGCGACUGCAAGGGGCAGCGGCGGGUGCUACGGGGUCCCUCCGGUUUCGUCACCGACGGCCCCGGCAACUACUCAGUCAACGGCAACUGCGAGUGGCUGGUGGAAGCCCCCAGCCCACGGCACCGGGUACUGCUGACCUUCACCUUCAUGGACACGGAGUGCACCUAUGACUACCUCUUCGUCUACGACGGAGACUCCCCCCGCAGCCCCCUCCUUGCCAGCCUCAGCGGCAGCACCCUGCCCGCCCCCCUUGAGGCCACCUCGGGCAAGAUGCUGCUCCACCUCUUCAGCGACGCCAACUACAACUUGCUGGGCUUCAACGCGACCUACAGCGUCUCGCUAUGCCCGCGGGGCUGCUCGGGGCGAGGGGGCUGCGACCCCCAGGGCCGCUGCCAGUGCCAGCCCGGCUGGGGGGGUCCCGACUGCGCCCAGCCCCACUGUGCGACCUACUGUCAGGCCCACGGCGGCACCUGCAACCAGGCUACAGGGCGCUGUGAGUGCCGGCCGGGCUUUGUGGGGCGAGCCUGUGACCUGGCGCUGGGGGAGAACCGGGGGGGCGGCCGCUGGUACAACGUCAGCAAGGGGGACCCCGGCUUCCCGCCCCGCACUGCUGCCGCCGGUGCUGUCCUGCCCCGUGCCGGGGCCCUCUAUGUCUUCGGGGGUCUGGACCUCAACACGGCGCUGGGCGACCUCGUGGUUUACAACUUCACCACCAACCGCUGGUCCCGGCUGGAGCUGACCCCGGCGCCGGCCCCCCGGCACUCGCACGUGGCCGUGUGCUGGCGCGAUGCCCUGGUGCUGAGCGGGGGCGAGCUGGCAGGGGGGGCACUGGCCCACGACGUCUGGGUCUUCGACCCCUUCCGGGGGGGCUGGCGGGAGCUGCAGCCCCAGAACAGCACCCGGCCCCCCGGGCUAGCCGGCCACGCUGCUGCCCUCGUUGACGACUGGCUCUACAUCUUUGGAGGUCGCACGGCCGAGGACGUCUUCUCCUCCCAGCUCUUCCGCUUCCACCUGGAGACAUGGGGCUGGGAGCGGGUGGUCCCGUGGGGCGGGAAGCCCCCCGCCGCCGCCGGCCACUCCAUGGUCUUCCACCCCCCUUCCCGCACCCUCCUCGUCUACGGGGGACACCGGCCCUCCACCGCACGGUUCAGCAUGCGGGUGAACACCACCGACCUCUUCCACGUUGACCUGCGGCACUGGACCACGCUGCGGGCUCGGGACGGCGCCCGCGGUCCCCGCGAGCGUGCCUUCCACACCGCCACCGUCAUCGGCGACUACAUGGUGGUCUAUGGGGGGAACGUGCACAUCCACUACCACGAGGAGAAGUGCUACGAGGAUGAGAUCUUUUUCUAUCACCUCGGCUGCCACCAGUGGGUCCCCAGUGCCGAGCUGGCCCACGGGCUGCCCCACGACCAGGGGUCCCGGGGGUCCCCGGGGCAGGGCCGCUAUGCCCACGUGGCCGGGGUGCUGCGGGGCAGUGUGCUGCUGGUGGCGGGGGGCUUCAGCGGGGCCCCCCGAGGAGAUCUUCUGGCCUACAAAGUGCCGGCCUUCGUCUUCCAGGUGCCGGCCCAGAACUACCACCUGGACUACUGCUCGCUCUACGCCGAGAGGGGCACCUGCACCAAGGACCCCCAGUGCGCCUGGUGCCUCGGGGGGUGCCAGAGCCCCACGCCCCACAGCAACUGUCCCAGCACCGGCUGCCUGGGCCUGGCCCGUCUGCUGGUGGACUGCGAGUCCUGCCUGGCCUUCGGGGGGGCCGGGCCGGGCCCCCCCCGUGCCCCCGGUCCCUUCGGCUGGUGCGUGCAGAACGACACCUGCAUGCCCGUGGCGGAGCAGAACCGCUGCCGCGUGGGGCAGAUCUCGGGGACCUACGGCUGGUGGGGUCCGCGCCCCGUCUUUGUCACCGCGCUGCAGCACUGCCGCACCGCCAAUUUCCUCCCCGGCCUCCACCUCGUCACCUACCAGCAGCCCCGCAACGACUCCCAGCCUGACAAGGUCUCCAUCGUCCGCAGCACCACCAUCACGCUCAGUCCCAGCGGCGACACCGACGUCUCCCUCGUCUACCGGGGCUUCAUCUACCCGCUGCUGGGACCCCCCCUGGUCCCCGGCCCUGGCCCCAGCGUCUGGGCUCGCAUCCAGCGCCUCUAUGUUGUCGCCCGCCUUGGACGGCACCCCAACUCCCCUGAGCUGGAGGAGGUGGGGCGCUGGUCAGUGCAGCAGGAGCGGGAGACGCGUCCCCUGCAGCGUCCGCGCCCUGAGCGGCUUUUUGGGGCACCCGAGCGGGGCAACAAGUACGCGGUGCAGGUGGAGGGACACUUCAACAGCUCCGGCAGCGGGCAGAGCAGCGAGCUUACCCUCGUCUGGGACCGCACCGGUGUCCCGGGGGGCAGCGAGAUCUCCUUCUUCUUCCUGGAGCCCUUCCGCUCCCCCCCGGGGCGCUGCCCCUCCUACCCCUCCUGCCUGGCCUGCCUGGCUGACCAGGGCUGCGGCUGGUGCCCCCCCAGCGCCUCCUGCCACGGCCGCCUGCACCCUCCGGGGGGGCUCUGCGGAGGGGGGGGCCCCCGCCUCGUCCUGGCCCCCGCCAACUGCGUCCUCUGCGAGGACUACCGCGACUGCCAUGCCUGUGCCGCUGACCCCUUCUGCGAGUGGCAGGUGCACAGCAGCAAGAAGGGUGACUUUGUCUGCAGCCGCCGAGGGCGGCAGGCGGGGGCUGUCCGUGCCCCCCAGCACUGCCCCAGCCUCUGCAGCCAGCGCCGCUCCUGCUCCGAGUGCCUCUCCAACUCCAGCCAGUGCGCCUGGUGCCAGUCCACCCGCAGCUGCUUCUUCUUCGCCGCCUACCUGGCCAAGUAUCCCUACGGGGACUGCCGGGGCUGGUACGACAGCGUCCACUCGGCACCCCAGUGCCUGGAUUGCUCCCGCUUCAACACAUGCCGUGAGUGCCUACAGAACCUUGAGUGCGGCUGGUGCGGCGACGCCGACAACCCCACGCUGGGACGGUGCCUGGAGGGGGACUUCUCGGGGCUGCGGGGCUACCCCAACUGCUCAGUGGCUCUGGGGGAGCCGGGGGGGCUGCCCCCCGGCCGGGCAGCUGCCUGGUCCUAUGGGCAGUGCCCAGAUGUGGACGAAUGCCGCCUGGGCAUGGCCGCCUGUCACCCCUUUGCCGCCUGCCACAACACCCCCCAGGCCUUCGAGUGCCGCUGCCGGCGCGGCUAUGCCGGGGACGGGACGACCCACUGCAACCGCACGUGCUACGAGGACUGCGGCCACGGCUACUGCAGCGGGGCCCCCAACUACACCUGCGUCUGCCACCUGGGCUGGACCUCGCCGCCUGCCAAUGCCACCGGCCACGGGGACACCGCGGGGGACACGGCCGUUGCGGACACCGCAGGGGACGCGGCCGCCCUCUGCUCCGUGGACUGCGGCUGCCACUACCACAGCAGCUGCGAGACGGCUGGACCCGGCGUCUGCGACCGCUGCCAGAACUGGACCCACGGGGAGCGCUGCCAGCUCUGCCGCCCCGGCAGCUUCGGGGAUGCCACGGGACCGGGGGGCUGCCGGCAGUGCCGGUGCCAUGGCCACGGCCAGCCUGAGCGGGGACACUGCCACGGGACCACCGGCGCCUGCUUCUGCGCCCCCCCCACCGAGGGGCCCCACUGCGAGCGCUGCGCCCCUGGGUACUUCGGGGACCCCAGGGACGGGGGCACGUGCUACCGGGAGUGCGGGGGCCGCUCGCUGCUGGUCAACCUCUCCUCGCCUGUGGCCCUGGGGUCCCGGCUAGCCGGGGGGGGCCCGGCAGCUGGGGGGGGCCUCUCCUACUGUGUAUGGGUGCUGUCAGCCACGGGGGGCCUGGAGCUGUGCCCCCCCGGGGAGCCUUGCCCCACCAUCAGCCUGACCCUACAGCCUGACCUCCACACACCCUGCAUGGGGUGCUGGUGCUCUACUAUGAGGCGAACGGCAGCGAGCCGACGGGGUUCAACGCCAGCGUGGGGGUCCAGAGCUGCCGCCCGCCCUGUCCCGGGGGGCAGGAGUGCCGGGGGGGGCCGCUGCGCCUGCCGGGGGGGGCAUGGGGGACCCGGCUGCCGCCAGCGUCUCUGCCCCGGGGACUGUGGUGCCCGUGCCGGGCAUGGCAUCUGCAACGCGACCCUGGGGCUCUGCAUCUGCAGUGAGGGCUUCGCCGGCCCCGACUGCUCGGUGCCGCUGGGGCCGGGGAGCAUCGUCUGGGAGACCCUCGUCGACGGGCACCUGGCAGCCGACACAGCCAGCCGGUUCCUGCACCGCCUGGGCCACAGCCUGGUGGAGGGUCCGGAGGGGACGCUCUGGAUGUUUGGGGGGCUCUCGCUGCCCCAGGGGCUGCUGGGAAACGUGUACAGGUACUCCAUCCCUGAGCGCCGCUGGACCCAGAUGCUGGCAGGGGCGGAGGACGGGGGUCCCGGCCCCUCACCCCGCUACUUCCACGCGGCCGCCCCCCUGCCCGCCCGCCGCGCCAUGCUGGUGCUGGGGGGGCUGACGGCCGCGGGGGUGGCCAGCGAUGCCUGGGUGCUCAACCUCACCACGCUGCAGUGGCGGCAGGAGCAGGACCCGCUGCUGCCAGCGGUGGCGGGGCACACGCUGACCCCCCGGCGUGGGACCUCGCUGCUGCUCAUCGGGGGGUACUCGCCCGAAAAUGGCUUCAACAAGAAGCUGCUGGAGUACCGGGUGGAGACGGAGAGCUGGGAGGUGGGGCAGCAGGCCGGGACCCCCCCCACAGGCCUCUACGGCCACUCGGCUGUCUACCACGAGGACACGGAUGCCAUCUACGUCUUCGGGGGCCACCGCUUCCACGUGGAGAGUGUCUCGGCUUCCCCGGAGCUCUACAGCCUCUACUGCCCCAACCUCACUUGGAGCCUCCUCGCCCCCUCCCAGGGCCGCAAGCCCCUGCCCCACUUCUUCCACGCGGCGGCGGUGGUGGGGGACGUGAUGGUGGUCCUGGGGGGCCGGACGGAGACGCAUGACUUCAGCAACCACCUGCUGCUCUACCAGCUGCGCUGCAACGCCUGGGUGCUGCCCCCCCACACCGAGCUGGCGGUGGUGGGCGAGCCCAUGAACCGGUCGGUGGCCCACGCGGUGGCGGUGGCGGGAGGUCGGGUCUACGUCUCGGGGGGCUUCAACGGGGUGGCCCUGGGGCGGCUGUCGGCCCUGCGGCUGCCCGCAGACCCCUGCCUGUCCCUGCCCGGCCCCGAGGCCUGCAACCGCUCGGGCGCUGCCUGCUCCUGGUGCCACGGCAGCUGCCUGUCCGCCGAUGCUGCCGAGCGGCUGGGCUGCGCCCCGGGGCCGGCCGCCUGUUCCCCGACACCCCGCUCCCCCGAGGACUGCCGGCGCCUGCGGACCUGCAGCGAGUGCCUGGCCCAGCACCCCCGUGCCCUGCGGCAGGGCACCCCGGCCCCCCCGCAGUGCAAGUGGUGCACCAACUGCCCCGAGGGUGCCUGCAUCGGCAGCGGCGGCAGCUGCACGUCGGAGAACGACUGUCGCAUCAACCAGCGGGAGAUCUUCGCCGCCGCCAACUGCUCCGAGGUGUCGUGCGAGGCCUCCGACUGCCCCAAGUGCACCGCCUCCGGCAAGUGCAUGUGGACGCGGCAGUUCAAGCGUACCGGCGAGACCCGCCGCAUCCUGAGCGUGCAGCCCACCUACGACUGGACCUGCUUCAGCCACUCGCUGCUCAACGUCUCCCCCAUGCCCGUGGAGUCGUCGCCCCCCCUGCCCUGCCCCACUCCCUGCCACAACCACAGCUCCUGCCCUCUCUGCCUGGCCUCCAAGGGGGCGGACGGGGGCUGGCAGCACUGCGUCUGGAGCGUCAGCCUGCAGCAGUGCAUGAGCCCCAGCUAUGUCCCCCUGCGGUGCGCGGCUGGGGCAUGCGGGCGGCUGCUGCGGGGGGCCGAGAGCUGCACCCCGGGGUGUGCGGGGGCCCCCCAGUGCUCCCGCUGCCUCCGCCAGCCCCGCUGCGGCUGGUGCGCCCGCCGUGGGCACAACGGCAGCGGCCGCUGCCUGGAGGGUGGCCUCCACGGCCCCCGCCACGGGCUGGCGCAGGCGUGUGGGGCAGAGGCGGAAUGGGCUUUCCUGGGCUGCCCCCCCGAGAACGAGUGUCUCAACGGGCACCACGACUGCAACGAGACCCAGGACUGCCGCGACCUCCCACACGGCUACCGCUGCGCGUGCAAGAGCGGCUACACGCUGGACAACGCCACGGGGCUGUGCCGGCCGGUGUGCGAGCAGGGCUGUGUGAACGGGACGUGCGUGGAGCCCAACCGCUGCCGCUGCCACUUCGGCUACGUGGGGCACAACUGCUCGGUGCAGUGCCAGUGCAACGGGCACAGCCAGUGCCGUGACCCCGCCGCCCGCGACCAGUGCCUCCAGUGCUUCAACAACACCAAGGGCCCGCAGUGCGAGCGGUGCCGGCCCCUCUUCGUGGGCUCGGCGCGGGCCGGGGGCUCGUGCCGACCCUGCCGCAGCUUCUGCCGCCACAACGCCGCCGUCUGCAUCUCGCGGGAGGAGUACGAGCGCGCCCGCCGCGACCCAGCCCGCUUCCCCCUCGAGCCCGCCAUGAUCCCCACGUGGGUGUCGGAGGGGCCGAGCGAGGAGGCGGCCGUCUGCGUCAACUGCCAGAACAACAGCGUGGGCGAGCGCUGCGAUGGCUGCCGGCCCGGCUUCUUCCUGCUCGACGGCGCCUGCACCAAGUGCCAGUGCAAUGGACACGCAGACACGUGCAACGAGCUGGACGGGACGGGGUGUCCCUGCCAGAACAACACCGAGACGGGCAGCUGCCAGGGCAACAGCCCCGCCGACAAGAAGGACGACUGCUACAAGCAGCAGUGCGCCAAGUGCCGCGACUCCUUCCACGGGCACCCGGUGGGUGGGCAGCAGUGCUACCGGCUGAUGGCGGUGGAGCAGGAAUACUGCCUGGACCCCACCUCGCAGAGCAACUGCUUCCACCAGCCCCAACUCCAGCACCUGGGACCCGGCCGCACCGUCCUCUUCGGCGUCCAGCCCAAGUUCACCAACGUCGACAUCCGCAUCACGCUGGACGUCACCUUCGGCGGCGUCGACCUCUUCGUCUCCACCGCCUACGACACCUUCGCCGUCGACGUUGACCCCGCCACCGGCCGCCAUGUCGUCCGCCUCCAGACCCCCCACCCCGCCGCUGGUGCCGGUACCGGCGCCGCCAACGCCACGCGGCUGCGGGAAGAGCGCGCCGGCGGACUGGUGACCUACCUGACGGUGCGGGAGGCGGCGGCGGCGCUGGUGGUCCGGGGCGUGCGGGACCGGCUGGUGCUGACUUACCCCCACGCCCUGCACCCCCUCAAGUCCAGCCGCUUCUACCUGCUGCUGCUGGGUGUGGGGGGGCCCACGGGCGGCCCCUCGCAGGGGCUGCUCUUCUUCCGCCAGGACCAGGCCCACAUCGACCUCUUCGUCUUCUUCUCCGUCUUCUUCUCCUGCUUCUUCCUCUUCCUCGCCCUCUGCGUCCUGCUCUGGAAGGCCAAGCAGGGGCUGGACGCCCGCCACGAACAGCGCCGGCACCUCCAGGAGAUGAGCAAGAUGGCCAGCCGCCCCUUCGCCAAGGUCACCGUCUGCUUCGAGCGGGGGGCACCCGCCGGGCCCCCCCCGCCGCCGCCCCGCCGGCACCGGCCCCCCCCUCCGCCUGGCGCCGGGCCGGUGACGCUGGAGCCCACCGAGGAUGGGGUGGCGGCGGUGGCCACCCUCCUGCUGCAGCUGCCGGGGGGGCCGCGGGGACCCCACCGUGCCGCCCUGGCAUCUGCCCUGGUGACGCUGCGGCAGGGGCUGCAGGAGUACGGGGGGGGGCCCCCGGCGCGCAAGGGGGGGCUGGCCCACGAGCUCACCUCCAUGGCGCUCUGAAGGGGGGGCACCCCACUUUCGG